AUCUAUCUUACAUGUAACAUCACUAGGUAGAUCCAAUGACCGACCUGACCUGAGAUACCAUUUCAUAUGAUUGAUUGCAUAUGAAGUCCUUAUGUCUCCUCUCAAAGCGUGUUUCCAACACAAGAAAGUUAUCAUGUCGAACUUUCAAACGCUCCCUUCUAACUCUAGCCAUCGAGACAUCCUGCGAUGAUACGAGUGUUGCUAUUCUAGAGAAACAUAAAAACAAUUCUGCCACUUUACAUUUCAAUUCCAAGAUUACAUCGGAUAAUAGAUCAUAUGGGGGAGUGUGGCCAAUUGCCGCACAUGAGUCCCAUCAGAAACAUCUGGCGCAAUUGGUGAAAGAAGCUGUACGGUGUUUACCUCGACAACAAUCCACAAUCGCAUCGUUCGAGAAUACUAUAGCUGUCUCAUCACAUCAUGGAUCCGAAUUAUACAAAAAGCCAGAUUUUAUAACUGUAACACGAGGUCCAGGGAUGCGAGCGAAUCUUAUAACUGGCAUGGAUACAGCGAAGGGAUUGGCCGUGGCAUGGCAGGUACCUCUACUAGGGGUGAACCAUAUGCAAGCUCAUGCUUUGACACCACGAAUGGUAUCCGCCCUCAAUGUGAAAAAUAAGACAGGAGAUAAAAAAUACGAAGACGACCCCGCCUACCCAUUCCUCUCUUUGCUGGUCUCUGGUGGACAUACCAUGCUUGUUCAUUCUCGUCAACUUUGUGACCACGAAAUUCUAGCUACAACCUCAGACCUUGCAGUUGGAGAUAUGGUUGAUAAAACAGCGAGGGAUAUUCUACCGCCGUCAGUGAUUGACUCUGCAUCAGAUGUGAUGUAUGGCCGCGUCAUGGAAGAAUUCGCAUUUCCGGAUAGCAACCCUACAUACAAUUAUGAGCCUUCUCUUAAGAGCAUUGCACAAAUUACAAGACAGACAAGUUAUGGUUGGGGAUUAACACCUCCUUACAUGAGUCCGGGUCCUGGUGGAUUAAGAGCUUACAAUUCGGCAUUCUCGUAUUCGGGCCUCGGUAGUCAAGUUAAACGCAUUCUAGAACAAAAUCCGGAAAUGAAUGUUGUGGAAAGGAAAUUACUCGCACAAGAAACCAUGCGAGUAGCAUUUGAACAUCUUGCAUCUAGAGUGAUUCUGAAUCUUGAAUCAGCCGAGUUGAAAGACAUAACAACGCUCGUUGUCUCAGGGGGCGUUGCUGCAAAUCAAUAUUUGAAGCACAUAUUGAGGACACUGUUAGAUGCUUGGCGGCAUAAGGACAUGAGGUUGGUAUUCCCUCCUCCGAAGUUCUGUACCGAUAAUGCGGCUAUGAUUGCAUGGACGGGAAUAGAGAUGUGGGAAGCUGGUUGGAGAAGUGACUUGGAUAUACUAGCGGCCAAGAAAUGGCCGAUUGACCCAAGAAUUGAGGGCGGGAUACUUGGUUUGGACGGCUGGAAUAAACAAACCAUUUGAUUUAGCUGCGGAAGGUCUCUGUAGCCAAUAUCCAACCUCAUAGCCGUACUGUCUUGAAUCUAUGAUGAUCCCACACUAGAUUGGGUUUCAUGCUCUUUCAAAAGGCAUUUGAGCUCGUGGGAAUCAAAUUCUCCUCAAAAAUCAUCAACUUGCUUCUUUGAUCCUUUGAGAGUAUGAUACGCACAGAAACGCGCCAAAAUUGUAAGAUUAAAUCGAUACU